AGAAAUGGGCAGUAGGUGGGUGGGGGGAAUGGGUGCCAGGGAUUAGUGGAUAGAGACGUGGGCAGAAGGAUGAGAGAAGAUCUAUACAAGAUAUAUGUGGCACGGGCAGGUGGAAGACGGAUGGGACAGGAAUGUGCCACGCUGAGUCCGGAGGGGACAGGUGUGAGUGCGCAGGUGGGAGUAUGGGAGGUGUUGGUACAGUCCAGGGGAGGGAGAGCGGCUGUACCCGAGCAUAUCCCCAUUAGCCAGAGCAGCGCCUCAGGGCAGCAGAGGAGGGAGACUGGCAGAACACGUGGAAGGUGCCCUCCUCCCGAGCCAAGUCCCCCGCGAGCAGGAGGAGGAGCUAUUGGUCUCUCUGAUCAGCUUUCAACACUUCCUCCGCCAACUUACCCGGACUGUGACUGGGAAUUUGUUUCGGGGGCGCCUCACCAAUGGCCGGUCACGAGUGGGACUGGUUUCAGCGAGAGGAGCUCAUAGGGCAGAUCAGUGACAUCCGGGUACAAAACCUGCAAGUUGAAAGAGAAAAUGUGCAGAAGAGAACCUUCACCCGAUGGAUAAACCUCCAUUUGGAAAAGUGCAAUCCUCCCAUUGAAGUCAAAGAUUUAUUUGUUGAUAUCCAAGAUGGGAAAAUCUUAAUGGCGCUAUUGGAAGUCCUGACUGGGCAGAGUCUGCUCCAGGAACACAAGCCAUCUUCUAAUCGCAUAUUCCGCUUGAAUAACAUAGCAAAAGCAUUGAAGUUUUUGGAGGACAGCAAUGUGAAACUGGUUAGCAUUGAUGCAGCAGAGAUUGCUGAUGGAAAUCCUUCAUUGGUCCUUGGUCUGAUCUGGAACAUAAUCUUGUUCUUGCAGAUUAAAGAACUCACAGGCAAUCUCAACAGAAUGUCAUCUUCAUCCAGUCUGUCCUCGCUGCCCAGCGGGCCUGACUCUGACUCGUCUCACUCCAGCACUCCUAGUACAGAGAAAAGCCUGUCUGUUUCAAUUAAGGAUCAGCGCAAAGCUAUCAAAGCUCUUCUGAACUGGGUUCAGCAAAGGACAAGAAAGUAUGGCGUUGCAGUGCAGGAUUUUGCUAGCAGCUGGAAGAGUGGCCUUGCAUUUUUGGCACUAAUUAAAGCAAUAGACUCCAAGCUUGUUGAUAUAAAGCAAGCCCUGGAGAAAUCAGCAAGGGACAACCUGGAAGAUGCCUUUAGAAUUGCCCAAGAACAACUCAGUGUCCCGAGGCUUUUGGAACCAGAGGAUGUUAUGGUUGAUUCACCUGAUGAGCAGUCUAUCAUGACAUACGUCACCCAAUUUCUGGAACACUUUCCAGAACUUGACGCAGAAGAUUUCUCUGACCAGCUGGAUUCUCUUCCCAUGGAAUCUACAUUUGUGCACUAUAAAGAUGGGCCAGCAGAGGAGGAAAGCAAGAUUAUCACUUUGAACAAAGAAUCUGACAUUCAGAGUGAAAUCAAUUCGCCUGUUACUCACCCAGAGCAAUAUCAUUACCCAGAAGAGUUAAUUGCAGAAUAUUAUAAUUCUGAUUCUCAUAGAAAAACAAGUGAUUGGUCUCAGUCAAUGAGUGAGCAUAACCAGAGCCCAAAGGGAGUCAUUACAAGAGAAAUCUACAGUAUUUUAGGGCAGGAAGCGAUACCCUCAAAUCAUUCUGAUUCCUCCAUGGAAAGUCCUUCGGAAGAAUUCAGUGGCAUAGAUGGAACCAGUGAAGACAAAGAAACUCUUAUUCAGCCAUCUUUGAUCUUAAAUGGAAGCCAUCUUACUUCUUCAGAUGAAAAUCGCCCCGUGUCUUCCUCAGAUACACUAUACAAAUCUAUUACAAAUAAUAGCUUUAAAAAAGACAUUGAUUUAGACUCAUUUUCAGUUAUAGAUGCUUAUACAGCUACUGGUAAGGAACCCACUUCAGUGUCCAAAGAAUCAAGUUAUACAUAUUCAGAGACAAUGACUUCUCUAGGGAAGGGUCCUGUAGAAGGUUCAUCAGAGAUGUCCACUAAUGGCAAUGUUCUCUCACCUGGGUACACCGAUAAUGUAGAUGAUGCAUGUAAAUAUGUUCCACAUCUUCUACCAACAAAUGCCACAGGAAGCAACCGUGCAAAGCAGAUGACAGUUUUCCAACCAUAUAGUGCAACUGCUGCCAAAGGAAAAUCCAUAAAUGAAGGGCACUCUGUAGAUUCAAUUUCAGACACAGAUGUACAAAGUCUUCUAACAGAAAAGACAGAAGAACCAGACAAUAUUGACAAAGCAGAUUCAUCUGUGAUUUCGGUUAUUCCUCACAAUCUGUUUUAUUAUCCUCAUUACAAUGUCCCUAUUGCAGAUGUUUUGCAUGCCUAUGCUGAAGACUCUCCAGGGGCAUCCGUAAGUAGCAACAUAACAUCUAGCUUUCCUCAUGAAAGUGAUCAUGAUGUAAUAGAAUCUUAUUAUCAGGACUACAUGCAGACAUGUAAUAAAGAGAUGCUAGGUAAGGUGUUUAAUUCAGGGUUCGUGGAUGAAGCACAAGAUCUUAGGCAUUUGAGAACACCAAACAACUCUUCUAGCCAAAAACCAACAUCUCAAACUCAGACCAGAAAUUCUGCAAUGGAGCCAAGUCACACAGAGAACACUCAGAUUGCUGAACUUCAGGAAGGCAAAAGAGUAGCAGCAGAGAAUAAUGCGAAAAGUUCCAAAAAACUUUCUUCCCAAAAAGCAGAGCUUGAAGAAGAUUUUCUGCGAAUAGAUGAUAAAGUGGACGACACAAAACUAAAGCUAAAAGAAGAAAACCACAAAGUAAUUGGCCCUCCUAGAGAAAUUGAGGAAGGUACAGUUGUAUGUCAUCGACGAAAAGAUUGUGUUCCGGAUAAGAAGAACUUAGGAGUCUUGCUAUAUCCGAACACCAGGAAUAUUAAAGAACAGCAUGAUCAUAUAAGUUCCAAGAAAACUGCAGAAACAUGUCUGACUGAAAAAGUCACAGCUGAAUCUGCAGAUACGCCUUCUUCUGGCCUAUUUCUGAACAUCUACACUACCUUUCUGCUCUGGCUGCUUUUGUACUGCAUGCUGAUUCUUCCUGAGCUGGACAUGAGAAAAGUGGGAUUUUUUGCAAAUAAUCAGUAAGACUUUCAGAUCUCCAGCAGUUAUGUGACAAAUAUAGCUGCAGACUUUCCUUGAGCAAUAAAUUAAAAUGUGCUGGUUUU